GUACAUAAACUCUAAAGAAUUGAGGGUUUUGUGGAUGUUUGUGGAACCAGCAGAAGUCCUGGGGCCAUGGCAGGUGAAAUUCGCACAGGACACCUUCUGGGGAAAAUGAGACAGGAGCUGAGGGCAGAGCGGAAGCCAGGGGCCAGUGUGAGGAAAUGAGAACCCCAGAUGCAUGACCUCCAGGGUCCAGUCUCAGCGUCAGCCCCCUGGGGAGGCCCCUCGGGAUGGGGGCUCAGUUUCCACGGGCAGAUGGUUCUCUUGCAGGGCUGUGCGCUGGCCAAGAAAGCAGAGGGACUGAUGAGCCCCUUCCCAAACCCACCCUCAGGGCCUGGCCCAGCUGGGUGGUGCCUCCCAGAAGCAGUGUAAGGCUGCGAUGUCAAACCCCGACCAAGGAUGUCGACUUUGCUCUCAGGAAGGGAAAUAUUCUUUUGGAUUUUUCACAAUCACCGACUUCCAAGAAGGGCCUGGCUGAAUUUCACCUCACUGGCCUAAGAACCAGCCACACUGGAGACUACACCUGUGAGUGCUACAGACCAGGGGCCCCGGACAUAAGAUCACCGCCCAGUGAGGUCAUCCUGCUGCUGGUGACAGGAGGUCUCCCUAAACCUUCCCUGCAAGCCCACCAAAGGGGUGUGGUGACCGCAGGAGACGACGUGACCCUGCAGUGCCAGAGGCCAGACAAUGUUUUCGGGCCCAUGAGGUUCGCCCUGCUGAAGGCGGGAGUGGCAGAGCCCAUCCGGCUCCGGACCCCAGCCGGCAAGGAGGCGGACUUCUCCCUGCAGACUGUGACAGUCGGUGACGCCGGGAACUACAGCUGUGUCUACUUCCAGACCGGGACUCCUUUCUGGGCCUCACAGCCUAGCGAUCCUCUCGAGAUCCGGGUGAGAGUCCCCCCAGGUGCCAUAUCGAGGGACUACACCACGGGCAACCUCAUCCGCCUGGGUCUGGCUGCCCUAGUUGUGGUUAUUAUGGGCGCUCUCUUGCUGGAAGCCUGGUGCAGCCAAAAGGAGUCUCCACGUGGAUCCACGUAGAACAGCUGAGCACUUGUCUUGUUCACGGGCUGGCAUAGUGACGCGGGGUUCUCUGAACACCAAACUCCACCAUGGGGACAUGCUGUGUUUCUCACCAUGGGCACAAUUGAUACUUUGGGUGGGAUAUUUCUUCAGCACGUGGGACUGUCCUGUUCCUUGUGGGAACAUUCAGCACCAUUUCUUUUUCUCAUUAAAGAGCAGCUGAAGCCCCAGUCA